AGCAGCGAGCUCUCAGCUGCUCGCAGUCCGGCUCAGUCCUGCGCUGGUGACGCUGAACUGACGGCUGCAACUGCGACAAACUUUGUGAUUUUUCUUUUUUGGUUCCUGCUUUCCCUUUGUCGAAGAUGACCUAACUUCGAAAGAGCUCUGCUGGCCAGGAACUGGCUGAAGCACGCGAGACACCCUCCUACCUCCACCUCCACCGCCAUCAGCACUUGAGGGCUGCUCUGCAGAUGGGAGGUCACCAACCGGUCGUCUGUUUCGCCCAGAUGCACUAUCUGCCCUCCGCCCUCAUCUAAGAUGGCUGUCCGUGGCCUUCUCCUGCAUCCCAACAGUCUGGAGCAGAGCUGCGCGCUACCAUGGUGAUCAUUUUCUUGAAAACACUGGAAAAGAAGAAGGGUGUCGAUGAUGUAAGGUCCAAGAGCACCGAGAGACGGCUGCGUGAGCUCCACACCAUGAGCAGAGGGACCACCCUCUUCUCCUGUGGAACUGUGGAGGCAGAUAGGUGGCUGGACCUGGGGCAAAGCUGCGCCAUCCAGCAGAGAGCUCCCUGCCAGUCUGGUGCCAGUCUGGAGAGCCUGUGGGAUGUAAUGCCUGAGCCAGGGAGCUGGCACUGGGCCAGGGAGCCCGGCAGCGCCACAGCAAUCACCAGUCUGAUAAGAGAUCUCAGCCUCGGCGAGGGCGGCAUGAUCACACCUCACACCCACCCCACGUCCACCACUGCUCACUACACCACUACAGCCACCAGCCAAGCUCCGACGGCACCCCCGAGCAAACGUCAGUGUCGCUCCCUGUCCUUCUCUGAUGAAUUCACUGGGUUCCGCUCGUCUUGGAGGCCACAGGGCUCCAGAGUGUGGACAACUGUGGAGAAACGAAGGUGCCACAGUGGAGGAAGUGUGCGAGGAGGAGGGGGUUUCUCCAGCGGUCAUUUCCCCACCAUGCAGCGUAGCUCCAGCUUUAGUUUGCCCUCACGCUCCAACAUCCCGUCAGACGGAGCCCUGGACCUGCCAUUCUUCAACCAGCGACUGCCUCUCCACCCCCAAUUCACUGCCUCUCCAGUCUCCCCUACCUCUCCCUCCUCGCACCAUCACCACUCCCGCCAUCACCACUUCCUCAGGCCCCUCUCCCUCUCCCACGAGCAGAUCAGCCUGCCAGAGCUGCAGAGGGAGGAGGCGUCGGAGGCCAGCUCUCCAGACUCCACCCCAGAAUUGGGGAGGCGAGCCAACCUGAGAGCCAGGGGCACGGGGUGUCUCUCUCGGAGCAGGUCCCAGCCGUGCGUGCUAAACGACAAAAAGAUUGGUAUGAAGCGCAGGAGACCAGAAGAUGCCCAGGAGCAGCGGCCCUCCCUGGACUUGGCAAAGAUGACUCAGAAACUUCAAACUUUUCAGAGCCUGAGCUGUCCCGGAUUCUCCGCCACCGACGGCUGCCAGUCAGCCCUGCCCCCUCCCACCUCCGACACCUCCAGCCAACUAGAAUCAGACUUCACUGCUGUGUCCGAGCUGGGACUGGAGUCCCGGCAGGAAGCGGCGGGAGACGACGAGGAAGAGGAUUCAUCCUACGAGGAGCUGGAUAGCGACUCGGCUUGUAGCAUGGACUCGCGGCCCGGCUCUCCUGUGGGCAUCGUGGGCGGCAAACACACCCUCUGGAAGGGUGAUUGCGGGACACAGAGGGACAUUUUCCAGCUGGGGGGAGAGCUGGAUCUUGACCAGAUUGAGAGAAACUGAACAUUUUAUAGGAGAUUUUAAAAGACUGUGUCUGGAAAGUUAUUGGACAUUGAUGAUGUACGAAGAGAUGGGCUGUGGGAGAAAAGAGUGGAGGAGUUUGAAAGGGAAGGACAAGGAAAGUGAUACAGAUGAUGGAUUAAGUAUGUGGUUACCGGCUGCCUUUUUAACGACACAUUUGCCUUGAACAUUCGUACUGUUUGAAUCGAGAAACAGUGACCUUAGUUGUUUUUUCAUUGGGUUUUCAGCUUAACUCAGGAGUAGGAAAGUGAGGGUUAGUCUUAAAAAAAACUCUCAGCCCCUACUGUCUUUUCAACCUGAUGAUCUUUCCAAAGUCAGCUAACCUUAGGUUUGUAGUACUGUAGCAGUAGCUGGGCUCUCCUGUAUUUAGUUUUUUUUAAUACUCAGAGAAAGUCAAGGCAUCGAGGAUGAGGUGAAACAGGGAGGGGUAAACAACAGAAGGAAGCACCUUCUCACCCUUGACCUUCAUCGUUAUCUUUGGUGCACACAUGAAAUCUGAUUUUGUUUUGCUGAAUGUAGGCUCAAUAAGCUUUACGAGGAGUUCGGAAAAUGACAGUGCCUUCCUUUGGAUGCUUGCUCUCCCGGUUCUCCACCUUUUCUGACUUUUUUUUUUUGUAGUUUCUUAAUAUGCAAAAUUGUAUAUUUGAAUUAAACACUGAAUCUCAAGUUUUCAGUCCUAAUAUCAAUGUAUAUUUUUCUAAGUAACUGUGUUUUUUUAUGAGCUGUUUGUGAAGGAGCAAGAAUACGAGGCCUUUCUUCUAACAGAACGGACAUGAAAUAAAUUUACAACCUGCA